ACUUUGAUGAGUUAGUAUCUAGAUCAUUUCUUCAACAAUCAAGUGUUGACGCAUCUAAGUUUUCAAUGCAUGAUCUAUUGAAUGAUUUAGCAAAGUCAAUUGAGGGUGGGAUAUGCUUUAGCUUUGGGGAGUCUCAGCUGGCAAUUAAUGAAGAUGAUGCAUCUCUUGGAAGAGCUCGUUAUGCAUCAUUCAUCUUGUCAAGGUUUGUUACAUCAAAAUGCUUAAGGGCAUAUCAUGGAAUGAAGGUAUUAAGAAGUUUAAUUCUAGUGUGUGUUGGAUCUAUGUGAGGGAUUAAAUAGAUUAUGUAUUUCCAACAAGGUGUUGCAUGACUUGCUAACAAACUUGAAGUAUUUGAGGGUGUUUUCAUUAUGUCAUUGUAGAAUUGUAGAGGUACCGAAUUGUGUUGGUGGAUUAAAACAUCUUCGAUAUCUCAAUUUCUCGUACACUAACAUCCAAAGAUUACCUGAGUCAAUUGGCGACUUGUGCAAAUUACAAGCUUUGAUCUUAAGAGGUUGUCAUCAGCUUUCAAAGUUGCCUCAUGGUAUCACAAAGUUAGUUAGCUUACAAUUUCUUGAUAUUAGAGAUACAAAAAGUCUAAAAGAGAUGCCAUUGGGUAUCAAUAAUUUGGAGAAUCUUACUAUCUUGUCCAAGUUUGUGGUAGGAACAAAGAAAGGGCUACAGUUAAAGGAGUUAGAGAACUUGUUGCAUCUUCAAGGCGAAUUAUGCAUAUCAGAAUUGCAAAAUGUGAAAGAAGUUAGAGAUUGUGUUGAUGCUAAGUUGUUAGGAAAGGAAGGCCUAAGCAACUUAUUCUUGCAAUGGGAUAAAGAUUUCGGAAAUCUUUGGAACGAUAAGCACUAUUUUCAGGUGCUUAAUUUUUUGCAACCUCACACAAAUCUUGAAAAUCUCACUAUCUUGUACUAUGGUGGUGCAAAAUUCCCACCAUGGUUAAAUCAUCCAUCCUAUUCAAAGAUAGUGUCUUUGUGCUUGCAGAGUUGUCCUAAUGUCACAUCGUUGCCCUCACUUGGACAGCUACCUUCACUGAGAGAAUUAUCUUUUGAAGGUCUCGAUGCAGUAAGUAUAAUAGGUUCUGAAUUUUAUGGAGGUAAAAAGCCUUUUUCGUCCUUAACCACUUUGAAGUUCAAAGAGAUGUUGGCAUGGAAGGAUUGGUCUCCUUAUGCCAGGGCCCCAAAAGAAGAAGUCCCAUUCUCUUGUCUUGAGCAUCUUGUUGUCCGGGGAUGUCCUUCGUUGGUCGGGACAUUGCCUUGUCAACUUGAUCAUCUUAUAAAGCUUGAAAUUCAUUCAUGCCAACAAUUGAAUAACUCAACCAGUGAGUUAUGUCUUCCAUCUCUCGAAGAGUUACACCUUGAGGAUUGUAGUAAGGAGAUCUUGAAGAGCUUGUUCAAGCUAACUUCUUUGACAAUUCUCAAAAUUAACAAACUCAUAGAGCUUGUUUCCUUUGAUCAUCGGUUUAUGAGUUGCUUGGGCAAGCUAAGGAAGCUUCAUAUAGGACUGUGUGACAAGCUAACAUGCUUGUGGCAAGAUGGAGAUGAAACACAAAAUCUCACUUGCCUCCAGGAAUUAGUAAUAAAAAAUUGUCCUCAAUUCACAUCUUUUGUGGCAGGAGACGGAGAGAUAGAGCUACCCUGUAAUCUUGAAAGGAUGGAAUUGGUGGAUUGCACAAGUCUAGAAAAGCUUCCAAGUAAGAUGCACCCACUUAAACAUUUGGUGAUUAAGAAUUGUCCAAAAAUCAUGGCUCUAAACAUUCCUCAAGGUGACCUGAGCAGCAAUAAUUCGAUUUCUCAACUUGAAUCUCUUAAGAUACAUCAUUAUGAUUCUCCAAUAUCCUUUUCAUUUGCCAAGGGUAGACUUGCUCCUCUGAAGGCACUUCAUAUAGACAAUUGUGAGGGAGUGGAGUCGUUGGAAGGGAUUGCCGUAGAAUCGCUUGAAACAAUGACAAUUGGAAAAUGUCAAAAUCUGGGAAGCUUACCACAAUGCCUUCACAUGCUCUCCUAUCUCACUCGAUUGAAUAUUCAUAAUUGUCCAGCACUGGAGAUAGAGGACCUCCCUCCCCUUCCUGCAACCCUCUCGAGUCUUGAUCUUAAUAAUUGUUCUAAGAUAAAGUCUAUUGCCAACUGUAACAUUGCCAAGUGUAACAAUCUCACUGAAUUGUUAAUAUGGGAAUGUCUGGUAUUGGAGAUAGAGGACUUCCCACCCCUUCCCAUCACCCUGCAGAGUCUUGAACUUUGGGAUUGUCCGAUGAUAAAGUCCCUGCCAAAUAAGUGGCAUCAUCUUACGUCCCUCCAAAAGCUAAUAAUUUUCUAUUGCCAAAAUAUCAAAUGCUUCCCCAAAGGAGGUCUGCCUCCCAAAUUGCGAGUCCUUGGAAUUACGAGGCUCGUGGGUCUGAAGCAGCCAGUGAGAGAGUGGGGCUUACCCCUGCUCACAUCUCUCGAGAGUCUGGCCGUUGCGUUUAACAUGGAAGGGGAGGGAGAGAAGGAGUGGUUUCCUUUGGAGGAUAAGGAUGCUUGGAGUCUCUUUCCUUCCUCUCUAACCUAUCUUUGGAUAUAUGAUUUGAGAAACACGGAAAGACUAUCGAGCGGUCUCCGCAACCAUCUCUCCUCUCUCCAGUGGUUAUCGAUUAGAGAUUGCCCCAAGUUGAGGUACUUCCCAGAGGAUGGCUUCCCUCCCUCCCUCCAACGAUUGUGGAUACAUAGAUGCGAGAUUCUAAAAGAGCGAUGCGUAAAACUCACUGGCGACUAUUGGCCCCUCAUCCAAGAGAUCCCUGACGUUGACAUCCGGUGAAUUGAUUCGUGCAUCUACACUACAGUGAGUUUUCUUAGGGUUCGAAUACCAUUGUGAUCUUGCAUUGGCAGAAUCUCUUGGAAGGAUCACGUGCGAACGCUGCUAAGGCUGCCUACCUGCGGGUUUCCAUCAUCAGCGGUGACCAUGUGGCAUUCUUCCCAAAAGGAGUUCCAGAACAAAAUGUUCGAGCUGACAUGGGUUCCUUUGGAGUAACUGGAAAUCUUGUGAUUCAACCAAUUUGUAUCUUGCUUGGUGGUUAGAAAAAGCAAAGUUGCAUUUGCCAAGAUAACUUUCAAGCAACCUCACAUAGUUUUGCUUGACGACCCAUCCUAUCAUUUGUAGAACCAAAUGGUGGCCAUAGCUGCUGGUAGCCCUCGUCAUCAUACAUCUAGCAAAUAAUGGAACAGACACCAAUCUAAUUGUUCCAAUGUGGAAAAUAUUCAGAGUAGAGCAAUCUACAAUACCAAAUGGAUUUGGAUGUGGCUGAGGCGCUCAUUCAAGGUCUGGUCUUGUUCCAAGGAUUAAUUUUGAUGGUUGGUCAUGAUGAGCAUCUAAUAGCUAGAAGUUUGGAUGAGGUCUGGGUGGUUUCACAAGGCAAGGUGGCACCUCUCCAUGGGAAUUUCUAGGACUAUAGGAAUGUACUCCUAUUUUUAUUGAAUCAGGGAUUUUCGAUCGAAAAGCUUCGAGCUCACUUGUGUUCCUUUGGUGUAAUUGGACAUCUUGCACUUCAACCAAUGUAUACCUUUAUGAUACAUUGCCUCCCUCUACGCUACCGUUGCAUAUGUAAAUUAUUUUUGAAGCAAUUGUUUUAUGACAUUGUGAAGCCCUAAUAGAGGUGCUCAGAAAGGCAGAGUUGCAUUUGCCAAGAUAACUUUGAAAAAGCCUCACAUAGUUUUGCUUGAUGAGCCAUCCAAUCAUCUGUUUCUUGUCCAAGGAUGAGUGAGUGCAACUCUGUUGUUUUGCCUAUCCACAACUGGAGGAUUUGGAUGUGGCUGAGGUGCUCAUUCAAGGUCCGGUCUUGUUCUAAGGAGCAAUUGAGAUGCUUAGUCACGAUAAGCAUCUAAUGGCUGGAAGGUCAGAUGAGGUCUAGGUGAUUCCACAAGGCAAGGUGGCACCUAUCCAUGGGAAUUUUCAGGACAAUAGGAAGGAUAGGGAACGGGAGGGAGGAUCAAUAGCAGUGGCUACCCUCUGGAUGUUUCUUUGAGGACUUGCGUCUGCUAUGAGAUAUUCUGGUUCCGAGAAGAUCGUCACUUAGCACCACUCAUGAUUCUUUGAGGACUUGCGUCUGCUAUUGAUCCUCCUUGAAGUGGGCAAGCCCCACCACAUUUACCCCCAUCGAGGUGCUGAAGGUCCAGAACCAUUCACACGUGACAAGAUACACGCACUACCAUUGCAAAUGGUUUCAAUCUCGUGAGCUCACAUGUUGAAGAUAUACCUUGAAUUCAGGCAAAUGAAGGGAAUUUGAUCCAAAACGGAAAUGUGCUACUAUGGCUUCCAUGAUAUACAAUAUUGAGGAAUACUGUUACAUGAGUUCUAUUAUUGGACACUUCUGUUACAUUGCAAAGUUAUUGCCUGCUAUAUGAGGUUUUUGCCAUGACAAUCAUUUCCAUGUUGAGGAGCGAAACUGUUUUUCUACUUCUUCAUCGUCAGACCCUGCUUGAGACACUGUCUCACGAAUUGCUUUUAGCAGAGACUUUUGAUCUGGAGCUGCUAGGAAUUGAGCUUGAUGAUGACAUUUGUGGAGGAAAAAUUGAGGUUGUCCUGGUAGUCUCUGGCUUUGGCCGAGUAGGAUCUGCAGCGAACCAUACCUGCUUCUUCAUUUGCGAAUUGAGGGACAAAUUUUGCCCACCAUUUAAUUUUUUUAGUUGUCUUUCGAGAAUAGGACACUCACGGUCUACUGGACAAAAUCUAAGAUGCGAACAAUUAUGUUUAGGUCUG